CAUGUCAGUAGUAUGUUAUUAGAACCUUCCACUCAUCAAGACCAACAUAGUCGGAUGAGGUAUCCAUGGUUCGAAUUAUCUCAAGUUAUUUGCAGAGGACUACCCUAAGAUGCAUUUCGAGCAUCAAAGGGCAGUCCCUGCCGCGUAGAUUCCAACCCAUUUUCCGACUGGAGCACACAAGAACCCUUCAUGAUGAGAUAUCGAAACCCACAAGUUCCGAAUCCACAGCUACCGAGUCUAUAGAAUCCGAAUCUAUAGAAUCCGAGUCUACGGAACCCGACCUUGCGGAAUCUCAAGGCGGCGAAAGUGAACCGGCUGAUCCUAGCGUACGAUGGGAAGCUUAUAAUAAAAAUUUUAUCGAUCUUACAAAAAACCAAGCUACGCCCAUGGUAGGUUACCUGCCUGGGCAGGAAGUGACCGUCCACGGAUUUAUUCAUAAACGAAGGGAUGUGAGCUCAAACUUGAGCUUCUGUGAGUUAACUAAUGCAUCCGAUUACAAUUCUCGGAAACGUAUUCAGAUUAUUUCCACCUGGAGCGAGGAUGGCUCGCGGCAGUUCCUGGCUCACCAAGACCUUAGGACAAUACCAGCCUACAGUCCAGUUAUUGUGACCGGAACCCUUCAAGAGCCCCCCUAUACCACGCAGAAGCCCGGGUCGGCCCGGAAGUGGGAUCUCAAACUACGAUCCAUACACUGUCUAAAUCCAUUUCCAAAGGAUAUUAUCGUCUCCAAAGAUGCCGUGUGGCCACCUCACCAACGUCACCUACAGUUGCGUUUCGAUCCUCUCCUCCGUGACAGGUUAAGACUACGGAGCAGUCUACAGACAACCAUCACAAAAUAUCUUCAAUCCAAAAACUUUAUCCAGGUAGACACGCCACUUCUCUUCAAGUCUACUCCAGAAGGCGCCCGGGAAUUCCUAGUCCCAACGAGGCGGGAAGGUUAUGCGUACGCACUGCCGCAAAGUCCACAGCAGUACAAACAGAUACUCAUGGCCGGUGGCAUUACGAGAUAUUACCAAUUCGCCAAAUGCUUCCGUGACGAGGACCAUCGCGCCGAUAGGCAACCCGAAUUCACUCAACUCGAUAUAGAGAUGGCCUUUGCCAACGGCUUUGAUGUGAUAAAGCUCGUUUCAAAUCUCUUGGCUAAAAUAUUUCUCUCUCUCAGUGAAAAAUGGUCACCAACUAACAUCAACGGCAUUCGACAUCCGGUUUACGUCGGUGUAGACGAAACCCUGCCGAGGGGGCCAAAAAAGAAGAAGAAAGACCAAGAGGCACCAGGACCUGGAGAUGGAAUAACUCGCUAUCCUAGAAUUCAAUAUAAAGACAUCGGUUUUAUGACAUACUCCCAGGCAAUGAAGCAUUUUGGUACCGACAAGCCCGAUAUGCGAAUUAUCCAUCCGUAUAUAACAAAUAUUCGCGGUACGAUACAUCUCAAACUACCUCAAGAAUUUAUCCAAAAAAUUACAAGCUUAGAAGACCCAUACGUCGAAAUGAUGAAGCUUCGUCUGGGUCUGUCGCCCUACGCCGCUGGGGAAUUCAUCCGAAAAUUCAUGGACUCUCUACCCAACAAUACUACAGUCAAGCUAAGUCCUGAAAGUACACCAGCUGUAUUGGUCUAUGACUCCAGCAAACCGCUCAACGGCCUGUCGGCUUUUGGACAUGAAUCUGCUGAUAGGUUUGAAGAAUUUACGAAAUUGGAAGAGAGCCAUUAUCAUGGAUGCAAGGACGGAGACAUCAUCAUCAUCCACGCACGAAAACGAGAGACGUUCCAUGGAAGUUCUACUUGGCUAGGCAGGCUUCGAAAGGCGCUAUACGAUGAUGCCGUCAAGAAAGGGUUCAUACCUCAAAACAAUUCGUUUAAGGCACUCUGGGUGACUGAAUUCCCCCUUUUCACACCGAACGGGGACAAUGCGGAUCCGGGCCAAGGUGGCACUGCGGGAUUAUCUUCGACCCACCACCCGUUCACGGCUCCGCUUACCGGUAGAGACUUCUUCGCCGCCAAGGCCCAGCCUCUCGAGGUGAAGGCCGACCACUACGACCUCGUCAUCAACGGUGUGGAGGUGGGCGGUGGAAGCCGCCGUAUCCACGUCGCCAAGCACCAGGAUUUCAUCAUGCGUGAGGUCCUGAAAAUGACGGAAGAGGGCAUGGCCGAGUUCUCUCACCUCUUCGAGGCACUGAGGGCGGGGUGUCCGCCCCACGCCGGGUUCGCUUUCGGUUUCGACCGUUUAAUGGCUGUGCUGUGCGAUGUCCCGUCCAUCAAGGAUGUCAUCGCAUUCCCUAAGACGAAUAAGGGCGAGGACUUGAUGGUCGGUAGCCCGGCUAAGAUUACGCGAGAGCAGCGGAAGACGUAUUAUAUGUUCCAAGAGUCAGAAUCGGCGCCAGAGUCAGAGUCAGAGCUGGCACCAGAGUCGAAGCCGGAAUCAACAUCGGAACCGGAACCAACAACGGAGCCAGAACCAACAACGGAGCCAGAGCCAACAACAGAGCCAACAACAGAGCCGGAGAAGGAUCAGGAGCUAAAUGCAUAAUGGCAUCAAAUUCUGUUGUAACACCAAGUGUACAUAUAGUCUACGAGGCUAUCUCUCUCAACUGCAUAAAUCUGAUACUACUUCAUCCUCUUGAGGCUCCUUCAUGCAAUGACUAUCAAGCUCCAAUAACUGAAAUUUGCCUGAUUGGUAAGUAUGGCCUAGUAGCUAAUACGAGUAAAAUGAAAUAUUAAAGAGUCGACAGGCUGCUGUAUUCGUUAAUAUUUCCAUCCAUCCAUCCAUCCAAAUCCGCGUGAUGAAAGAGCGGCAUGAUAUCAGUACUU